AUGACCCUUAGGAAGAGGUCAGCACAUACACAGACAUGGGAGUUCCCCGUGGAGUCCCAGGGCAAGCAGUCCCUGCCAGAACUAAAAGAGUCCCCGCCCAAGGACUCUGGCCUCAAGGCAGUUCCCACCACACAUACUCUCUAUGUGGGCCACCUGAACCCCCAGUUCUCUGUGCCCGUGCUUGCCUGCUUACUGAGAGAUACCCUAGAACGGCUGGAGCUGCCAGUGGCCCGUGAACACAUUGAGGUAGUAAAACGGGCACGGAACACUUACGCACUGGUACAGGUGGCUGCCUCCAAGGCUGCCCUGGCCUCCCUCCCCUGGCGCCUGCAGAUGGCCUUGGAAGAGCAGUUAAUCAUCAAAGAGCUCACAGCCCGUGGCAAGGAGCUGGUGUUGAGUGAGGGCUUAGAAUCUCUGAACCGCAGGGAGGUAAGUGAGGACAGCGGUCCAAGCCCAAGCCACAGCCCUGGCCCCAGCCCUGGCACCAGCCCAGGCUUCAGGUGCCCACCGCUGCCCAAACUGGCAGACCCUUCCCCUAACUGCUGCUGGGCUGGGCAUCGGCAGACCUCUCAGAACCGACCCAGUGGCGUGCGCUCUGACAGUGCCAUUGUGCACCAGGAGAUCCUGGGCCAGGAGCAGCUAUUCCAGGGUGCCUUCCUUGGCAGUGAGACACGGAACAUGGAGUUUAAGCGAGGCGGCGGUGAGUACCUGAGCGUGACUUUCAAGCACCACGUGCGGCGCUACGUGUGUGCCUUUCUCAACAGUGAGGGUGGCAGCCUGCUGGUAGGCGUGGAGGACAGUGGCCUGGUGCAGGGCAUCCACUGCAGCCACCGUGAUGAGGACCGUACACGCCUGCUGGUAGACUCCAUCCUGCAGGGCUUCAAACCCCAGGUCUUUCCGGAUGCCUACACCCUCACCUUCAUCCCUGUCAUAAGCACCACAGCCAGCACGCCUCUCAAGGUACUCCGCCUGACUGUGCAUGCCCCCAAGGCACAGGGUGAGCCACAGCUGUACGAGACAGACCAUGGGGAGGUCUUUCUAAGGCGUGAUGGGAGCAUCCAGGGCCCACUGUCAGUUGGUGCCAUCCAGGAAUGGUGCAGGCAGAAAUGGACAAUGGAGCUGGGCAAGCUGGAAGAGAAAGUGAAGGUGCUAACGGUGGAAAAGGAGCAGCUUCAGCAGCAACUGAGGCAGCGCCGCCGGCUCAUGACCUGCACCUGUUGUGUCCUGUGA